AUGUUUAUCACUACAGGUAUAAAACGAGAAAAAUUUAUCAAUCGUGCUGAUUGGAGUCAUUCUACAAAAUUAGCCGAAGAUUUGAGAAACAAAUCAUUUGUUUAUCGUAUUUUAAAUAAAGCAACACAUGAACAAAAUAUUUAUAUGAUAUUUUUAUAUCAUUGUUUUAUUCGUUUUAUACAUAUACAAUUAAAAGAUGAACAAAAAGAUAUUUAUGAACAUAAUCUACGGCUUUAUCGUACAUCUGUUGAUAUAAAAUAUGAUUAUAAUAAAGCGUUAUAUUAUUAUCAACAAUCAAUUGAUUAUGCUAGUCUUGCUGAAACAUAUUUUGAUAUUGCAAAUAUUUAUUCAAUUAAAGCUGAUACGGUAGUUAAUAUUGCUACGGUUUAUGCUCAUCAAAGUAAACAAGAACAAGCAUUAAUAUUAUAUAAAAAGGCAGUAAGAAUUCAAUCAACAACAUUACCAUUAAAACAUCCUCUAUUGAGUAAUAUUCAUUCAAACAUUGACGCUGUUUAUGAACAACUAAAUAAUUAUAAUUUAGCUUUAAAACAGUGUACAAUAGCAUCAAAUAUUUUAAAUGAACAAUCAUUAACGUCAACAUAUCCAUUAAUUAUUACAAUAUAA